AUGGACCGCCAGCAGCUACCGUUCCUCCGGUACCGCUCCUCCAGUACCGCUCCUCCAGUACCUCUCCUCCAGUACCUCUCCUCCAGUACCUCUCCUCCAGUACCGCUCCUUCAGUACCGCUCCUCCAGUACCGCUCCUCCAGAUGAUCAGUGUGAUGAUGAUCAGUGUGAUGAUGAUGAUCAGUGUGAUGAUGAUGAUCAGUGUGAUGAUGAUCAGUGUGAUGAUGAUGAUCAGUGUGAUGAUGAUGAUCAGUGUGAUGAUGAUCAGUGUGAUGAUGAUGAUCAGUGUGAUGAUGAUGAUCAGUGUGAUGAUGAUCAGUGUGAUGAUGAUGAUCAGUGUGAUGAUGAUGAUCAGUGUGAUGAUGAUCAGUGUGAUGAUGAUGAUCAGUGUGAUGAUGAUGAUCAGUGUGAUGAUGAUCAGUGUGAUGAUGAUGAUCAGUGUGAUGAUGAUGAUCAGUGUGAUGAUGAUCAGUGUGAUGAUGAUGAUCAGUGUGAUGAUGAUGAUCAGUGUGAUGAUGAUCAGUGUGAUGAUGAUGAUCAGUGUGAUGAUGAUGAUCAGUGUGAUGAUGAUCAGUGUGAUGAUGAUGAUCAGUGUGAUGAUGAUGAUCAGUGUGAUGAUGAUCAGUGUGAUGAUGAUGAUCAGUGUGAUGAUGAUGAUCAGUGUGAUGAUGAUCAGUGUGAUGAUGAUGAUCAGUGUGAUGAUGAUGAUCAGUGUGAUGAUGAUCAGUGUGAUGAUGAUGAUCAGUGUGAUGAU